CUUUUCCCGGCAGUGAUGACGACGAAGCAUCCAAGGAUCAGUUUGAUUCACUCGCUCGCAAUCAACGGAGAGAUUGAAAGGGGCAAUGUAGCAUGGCGAUGACACAGGCGUGCAGAGCCCGUUGAAACCAGAAAACAGCACUCCGAUUCAUAGCUUUCGCUGCUUGGUCGCACGAUGGCUGCCAGUGCCGCAGCCCAGGUGAGAAGAGGGAGCUGCAGGCCAGGCAAAUCCCUACAUCAUUGACGUGAAUCUUUUGUGUUGUCUGUGUGGUUUGUCAUUCGGUUUGGUACAGAUGAGCGCAGCGAUAGGGUGGCAGCUGCUGCCGCAGGUACAAGCCUAUCGGCUGAAGCAGGCUCAGGUAUCAGCUGACAACACACAUACCGACUCGUCCAUUCCAUGCAGUGCAUCCAAAGCUCAUCGGCUGCUUGCUUCUGUGUGUGGGUGUGUGGGUGUGUGGGUGUGUGUGCAGGUCAACAGCUGCAUCGACCAACUUCUGCAGAUGGACACCGCAGCUUCGAUGGCACCACUGGUGCGGCAGGCUGCCAAACACACCACACAACAGCACAAAGCCCUCUGUGUGUCUGUGGAGUCUCCUUUGCUUGGCGUCGCUCUGGUCGUGUUGAUUCAUUCGUCAGAUGGUGGCCAAGGUGAGUCGUCAAUUUGCUGCUGUGUCCGAGCUGCUGGCCGAGUUGGCAGAGACCAUCAACUCGACCAUCGCACUCACAAGACACAGCCGCACUCAUGUGAGCGGGGGAGUGACCACAGGCAGGCACAAACACAAGACCCACACUGAUGUGGUGUGUUGUGCACCUCUUAUGUGCUGUUUGGUGUGUUUGCUGUGUGUCAUCAGGCCCAACGGUUGCACAUCUCUGACAUUCCCGCCAACCCCAUGAGCGUCAUCCUGUCACUGUCUGCCCUCACCACCAUUGCCCACCUCAAGGCGACAGCCCGCCACUUCAGAAACGCCCUGCGGCCCAUCAUCCGAAAUAUUUGGCUGCCGAAGGCCAUCGAGGUGGCGGGGGUGGGCGGUGUGGUGCAGUUCGACAAUCAGCUGAGCCACGGCGAUGUGAUGAAGGCCAUGUGGGUGGUGGAGGAGGGGGGCGAGGGCGGCUGGGGGGAGGUGAGUGACACACUCAGAUUCGGUGAGCAUUUCGGCUAUUGCCAGCUGCCGGUCACUGUGGGUGCCGGAGACCUGCAGACACACCCCACCAAGACGGUAAACACGACACACAGAAGAGGCAAUGGGUGAGCUGCUGGAUGUGUGUGUGUGGUCUUCAUUCAGGACUUCUUGGCGCUGCCCCGUUUCUGUGCCCAGUGGAUGCUCGUCGGCCGCCGUGUGGCCCUCCGCCGCCCCACCGGCCAGCAAGACGGCACGCUUCAGCUGUCCCUUCACAACAACGAGAUCAGGGUCAUCCGCAACGAGCCCAACUUCGCCAUCGUCAUCAACCCGCCCCUCCCCAAGCCCAACAGCCCCGUCCAUCCCUUCUCGCAGCACCCCUUCACCCACCACGCCAAGCCGCACGACCCGCCAGUCCGCUGCCGCAUCCGGUGGCAGACUGGUGUGGGCUGGGUGACGCUUGGCGUCAACGACGGGGGCGUUGACGCGUCGGCGAGCUCCGUGUGGAAGCGUCUGGUGCUGCGUCACCGGCUGUUGGCUGUGGGCGGCUUUACCCAGUCGCCACCGGUGGCGGUGGACCGGUGAGUGGAUGGACGGCAUACAAUGAGAGGGUUAAUGGCCAUGUGAUGUGUGUGUCAGGGGUGGGCGCGGCGGCCAACUCGACCGCAUCAUCAUUCAAUCGCCGCACAUGCUCCUCACCGAAUGCUCGGACGUGAUUGCGUGCGAGUGGGCCGGUGGGACCUGUGUACAGACGCAUGUGCUGACAUCAUCGGACGACCCAUUUAUCGCGUGGAUUUUCUUCGUCAUCUUCCCAGGCGACAACCAGAGCGGUACGCACACACACACACUGACAACACAUCCUCGUGCUGUCGUAUCGUUUGAUCAUCCGCUCUCCGCGUCAUCAUGCAGUGCGCGUCUACAUCACUACCACCGAGGCUGCAGCAGCAGGUGUCCGUCAUGACGCACCCUUCGCCCAGCGAUUCCCCCGGACGGCCGCCAAGGUGCGUCGCGUGCUCGGGCCCAUCACCGCCAUCGUGCUCGACGGCCAGGCGCCAUAGAUAUUGACGACGGCCAGGCGCCAAUAGCUAUUCGGACGCGUGUGCACACAGAAAAUUGCAGUUAAGUUGCAUGACCGCUGACAGAGUCUAUACAAAAUGUGUUGAGACACACACACAGAGACACUGAAUGACCUGCUCAUAUAAAGGCCGCCGGAAAAAAGCA